AUGCAUUUGCAGUGGGACUGGCUGUGUGUGGGUGUCCUGAUCAUCAGCUCAGUGGCUACAGAACCUGAAAAUGGAGAACCUCUGGAUGCAGAUGUUGAAGUGGAGGAUUUUGACAUACAGUCUCAAGAAGCUGAUGUUGACAGAGAUAAACCUUCCUUGGAGGUUGUGUACCAGACCCCAAAGCCAACCGGGGAAGUGUAUUUCACAGAAACUUUUGAUGAAGUCAUGUCUGGGUGGGUGUUGUCUAAAACCAAGAAAGAAGACACAGAUGAUAAUAUUGCAAAAUAUGAUGGAAGAUGGGAAGUAGAAGAGCUGAAAGAGAACACAGUGCCUGGAGACAGAGGAUUAGUGUUAAAAUCAGUGGCAAAGCAUCAUGCAAUAUCAGCUAUGCUAACAAAACCCUUUAUUUUUGAUGAUAAACCUUUGAUUGUUCAGUAUGAAGUGAACUUUCAGGAUGGCAUUGACUGUGGUGGUGCAUACAUUAAACUUCUCUCCAGGAGUGAUGACUUGAAUCUGGAAUACUUUUUUGACAAAACACCUUAUACUAUUAUGUUUGGACCAGAUAAAUGUGGAGAAGAUUACAAACUGCACUUUAUCAUCAGACAUAAGAAUCCUAAAACUGGAGAAUAUGAUGAAAAACAUGCAAAACGCCCUGAUGUGGACCUAAAAAAAUUCUACUUGGACAAGAAGACACAUCUAUAUACUCUUG